AUGUGGGUUCAUCUGAUAAAUGACUGCUGUUUCGUCGUCGUUUUUUAUAUUACUUUACCGGUAAGUGGUAAUGUAAAGAUCAAAAUUUUUUGGGUAUGGUAGCGUAGGAUAGGGUAGGCUACGGUACGGUAGGUUGAGGUAGAGUAAGGUUAAAGUAAGGUUUUGAUACAAGGUGAGGCAAAAGCUAUAGCUACGGGAAAAUGGUUUAAUGAAGGAUAGUCUAAAGAAAGUCAAGCUUAUGAUGGCUUAGGACAGUCUAAGGUAAGAUAACCAAUGGUAGUCGAGGUUAGAGGAUAGCCUUUUAUUGUCUGAGGUAGAGUAGUUUAGACUAAAGUUGGGUAUCGUAUGAUAGGAUAGAGUACAGUAAAGUAAAGUAAGUCACAGUAGAGUACUGUAAGACAGGGUAAGUUAGGUUUUGAUAUUGUAGAGUAGGGUAAGGCAAGUUAGAGUAGAGUAGAGUACUGUAGGAAAACGCACGGUAGAGUACAGUAGAGGAAGUAGGGUACGAAAGAGUAAGGUACUGUGAUGGUAUAACUUUGUUGUGUAGGGCAGGGUAUGGUAAGGCAGGGUAGGAUAGGGUAGGGUGGGUGGGGUAGGGUAGGGUAGGGUAGGGUAGGGUAGGGUAGGGUAGGAUAGGGUAGGGUAGGGUAGGGUAGGGUAGGGUAAGGUAAGGUAGGUUAGGAUAGGAUAGGGUAAGGUAGGGUAGGGUAGGGUACUGUAGGCAGGGCCGGGCGGGGACUUUUAGUCUGGGGGCGGGGGUCCAAAAAAUCGGCACAGGUGCUUGCAUAGUUAAGAUAAAAUGUAUUAAUCUUCUGUUUUCAGGAGUUAUUCCCCUUGAAUGGCCAAGUCUUUGUUGUUCCAUCAAAUUUUUCAAAAGGUCUAGGAGCAUAUUGGAGUACAUGGUUCACUUGUCUAUAUUACUAUGCAGAGAUUCUUCAGUUAUCGCUAUUUCCAGUUGAUUUCUACUACCGAUAUCGAGUUGUUUGCAAGUCAGUAGAGGUCAAAAAGUUCAUAGAAUAUACUAUUUUUUCAUUUUCAAGUUAAAAAUUUUAUUUAAAAAAAAAUUUUUGCCGCGUCAAAAAGAAUUGACCUAUUUCGCUAUAUAAAUACAUAAGAAACCACCCAAUUCUUUUUGAUGCGGAUUUAAAAAAGUUUAAAAAAUGCCAUUUUAAAUUAAAGUAAACAAUUCUAGACAAGAUAUAAUGUCAAGUAAGAAGCUGUUCACAAUGAUAGGCAUGUUGGCUAUAGCUGUAUUUAUGCAAACAAUGGUUUUGUCACGAUACAUGUUAAAAAGAACGGCAGAGUACGACGUGGUACUGAGAGAUGCGUUGAAGACAACCAAGUUGCCAAUGUAUCUGGCUACUUCUACAGUAAGUUGGUGGUAGAGUUUAUGGUUUUUUUGGUCAAGAAGUUUAGGACCGGGCAGGGUUGGGUAGGAUAGGGGGCGUAGAAUAGAGUAAAGUACGGCAGGGUAAAACUGAUAAAUUUUAGCUUUGAAGGUCAAGAAGUUUAUAGAAUUAUUAUAUUUUAGUCACUAUGGCUAUUAUAAACUGUAGUUUAAAUAUUUUUGAAAUUUGACGAAAUGCCACAAAAGUUAUUGAUUUUUUGACAAAGUGUCACAAAAAUAUUGAUUUUUGAAAAAUUUGCGAUUUUGCCCAAAAAGUAAUAAUAAAACACAAAUUUUAUUUUUAACGGUCAGAAAGUUUAUAGAAAAGUUUUUUUUUUGGUCCAAAAUCUCAUCGAAAAGCUAUUUUUGUAUUUUGGUCCAAAAGUUUGUAGAAAGGCCAGUUUUAUAGUACUAAAAUCAGUGGAAGAGAAUCAAUAUUUUUAUAUUUCAAAAUCCGAUAUAAUCAUAUUUUAGCCACUAUGGCUAUUAUAAACUGUAGUUUAAAUAUUUUUAAAAUUUGACGAAAUGCCACAAAAAUUAUCGAUUUUUUGACGAAGUUUCACAAAAGUUAUUGAUUUUCAAAAAAUUUACAUUUUUGGCCAAAAGUAUAUAAAAAAACUCAAAUUUUACUUUUUGCGGUCGAAAAUUUUGUAGAAAAGUUAUUUGUUGGUCUAAAAGUUUAUGGAACGACCAUUAUUAUUGUACUUUGUACUAUCAAUAGGAAAGACUCAGUAAUUCCAUUUUUCAGAAUCCGAUAUUAGCCUACCCCAACUUAGUUAUGAACAUGUUUUUUAUUUUGUUUUGUUACGCCAUGUGUGCGUACGUGUUCUUUACCAUUAACAAUGUACUAAAGCGUAAUUCGAGAGUUAGUGGGAAUGCCAAAGCGGUUAAAAUCGAAAAACAAGUUACUCGGCUUAUGAUUGCACAGGUAAGUAACCCUAACCCCACCCUGCUCUUACUUGUACUAAUAGUACUAGUAGUACAAACAGUAGUAUCACUACCUCGCCCUUUAUUGGUACUAUUGAUGCUAGUGGUACUCCUGUAUCAACCUCUUUACUUGCUGGUACUAAUGAUACUAUUGGUACUCCUACGUCUAUCCUUGCCCUUACUAUUAAUAAUGGUAUUAGUGGUACCCCUAGGUCUACCCUUGCUUUUACUGGUACUAAUAAUGCUAUUAGUACCCCUACUUCUACCUCUGCCCUUACUGGUACUAAUGAUACUGUUGUUACUCUACUCUGUCCUUACUAUUACUAACAGUACAAGUGGCAUACCUAUUCGUUUUGCAACCCUGCUUUUACUGGUACUAAUAGUACUAGUAGUAUCCCUACCCCUAACCUACAGUACACCUUACUAUACGGUAUGACCUGUUUUCUACCGUACUUUACCCUACCCUACCCCUCCCACCCCAAUAACAACUAAAAAUUAAUCAUUCUACAAACUUUUUGACCGCUUCAUUUUCAGAGUGUAGUACCAAUGUUUCUUCUUUCCCUACCGGUGUUAGUGACAGCCGGCUGUGCCCUUAUAAAUGUGCCAUUAUUAAUAAUGGGCCCAAUUAAUAAGAUCAUAUUAUCCUGGAAUGGCAUUGUCAAAAUCAGUUCCACUAUUUUGGUGGUGCCCAGCUAUCGCAGUUUCAUUUUAUUCAAAGUGGGUGCGAAAAAGAAUGUCACAUUGACGACGAUCAGCAAUAUCAGUGACAGUCGAGUCAAUAAAUCAACAAUGUAG